AUGGGCAGCAUAGCACGUCAUGAUGAUGUUGUUGUUGAUGAUGAUGAUGGUGAUGACAAUAAUGUUGAUGAUGUUUCUGUCCAGCAAGCACUACAGAGUAAGGUGAAUGGUUCAGUUGGGAGAAGUGUGGUGCUGCCUUGUUCUUUUAGUUCCCUUAAAGGUCAUUACACCAGCUUCAGGUGGCUAAAGGAUAAUUCGUCAUUAAUAGCGGGAAGUAUUGGCAAAUCCAAAAUCAACAUUAAAGAUGAUACUUACCAAAAUAGGAUUCAAAUGCCAGAAAAUUCUUCAUCUGGGAAUCUCUCACUUAGAAUCACCAACCUGACAGUGGAAGAUCUUGGAAUUUACAGGUGUGAAGCAAAUACCAAGACCCAAAAUAUCAGCUAUGAAGAGAUCUUUCUUAAUGUUACCAAAGACGGUGUCUCAAAGCCUACGAUUAGGUUUCUCUCAGGUCAAAACGUUACCAAGCAAUCAACAGUCAUACUGAAAUGUGAAGUUGCAAGUGGUUCUUUGCCUAUCACAUUUAUGUGGCACAGAAAGAGCAGAAAAACAGAAAAAGCCAAGAAAAUAAAACAUUACCAACCAACAUUGGAGCUCAAUCCCAGCAGGAAAGAGGAUAAUGGCCUAUUCUUCUGUAAAGUCAGCAACAAGUUCAGUACAGAGAAGAGUAGCAUGGUGCAGAUCCCACCAUCCGCUCCUACCAUAUCUUCAUUGGAAACUACAAUGAACAUUUCAAACAACAGCAGUGGUUCCGGAUUCCCAUGGAUGGUGAUCACUAUUAGCUCAGCAAUGGUGUUAGUCAUUGUUGGUGUAAUAUUGACAGCUAUAUGGAUGAUUAAGAAAAAGAUGAAAGGAAGACAAAAGCCACCUUCAAUUCAUCUACAGAGAUUUCAAAAAGAUGCUGCUAUACAAACCAAGGAAGAGGACUUGGAACUUGGAAAUUAUUGGAACCAAAACCUUGAUGUGACCUAUGCAACCAUUGAUCACACUAGACGGCUACCUAGACCACUAGACAAUCCAAGAAACACACCCGUGCAGUUUACAGAAUCUCCCUCAGUGAACCAACAACCCUAUAUAAAUUUCCAUGUACCAUAUUAA